AUGACCGUCAUCGUGAAGACGCGCGCAAGUUCUAGGGCGGCGCGGGGGCUCCAGCCCUCCCCGGGCCCCAUGCCCCCCAACGGCACGGCCGACGGCAAACCCAAAGACGUGGCCUCUAAAUCGGUGGGGCUCUUCUUCAUGCUGCUCAUCGACCUGACGGCCAUCGUGGGCAACGCCGCCGUCAUGACCGUCAUCGUGAAGACGCCGGCGUUGCGCAAGUUCGUCUUCGUCUUCCACCUCUGCCUGGUGGACUUCUUGGCCGCCCUCACCCUGAUGCCGCUGGAGAUGCUCUCUGGCUCGGCCGUCUUCGACAGCCCGGUUUUCGGCGAGGCCAUGUGCCGCGUUUACCUGUUCCUCAGCGUCUGCUUCAUCAGCAUGUGCAUCCUCUCCAUCUCCACCAUCAACGUGGAGCGUUACUACUACGUGGUGCACCCCAUGCGCUACGAGGUGAGGAUGACGGUGGGGCUGGUGGCCUGCGUCCUCGUCGGCGUCUGGCUCAAAGCCGUGGCCACCUCCCUCGUCCCCGUGCUGGGCUGGUUGUCCCCCGACCGCCCGCCGGCGCCUGCCGGCCGCGGCUGCUCCUUGCAAUGGAGCCGCGGUCCCUACUGCAAGUUCUUCGUGGUCUUCUUCGCCGCCUUCUACUUCCUCCUGCCCCUCCUCAUCAUCGUGGUGGUCUACUGCAGCAUGUUCAAGGUGGCGCGGGUGGCCGCCAUGCACCACGGCCCCCUCCCCACCUGGAUGGACCCGCGGCCCCUCCCCGAGCCGCCCCGCAGCCGCUCCACCAUGGUCACCACCUCGGGAGCCCCUCGUACCACCCCGCAGAGGACGUUCGGGGGGGGCAAGGCGGCCGCCAUCCUGCUGGCCGUGGGGGGCCAAUUCCUCUUCUGCUGGUUGCCCUACUUCUCCUUCCACCUCUACACCGCCCUGAGCGCCCAGCCCUUGGUGGGGCCGGCGGCCGAGACCGUGGUCACUUGGCUCGGUUACUUCUGCUUUACCUCCAACCCUUUCUUCUACGGGUGCCUCAACCGGCAGAUCCGGGGCGAGCUGGGACGGCUCCUCACUUGUUUCUUCAAGCAGAGCUUCUUUGGCGUGAUUAUUGCGGCACCUUGCAUCCAGGAGGUGGUUCGGAUGCUGGCGGAGGCGGUCUCAGUAGCUUGA